UGCGUGCGCGCGGGGCUCGCGCCGCGCGGCGCGGCGGCGGGUGCAGUGCUCCUGCUCGAGCCGCGCCGCCUGCGCCUGCGCGCCGCCGCCGACCUGGCGCCGCACGCCGACGUGCUGCUGUGGUUCGCGCCCGACGCGCUGGCGGCGCUCGACAUGCCGCAGCUCACGCCGCAGCACGUCCGCCACGCGCACUACGCCUGCCCGCGCUGCGCCCGCGCCUUCCGCGACCCCAACCCGCUCAAGGUGCAUCUGUUCCUCGCGUGCGCGGACUACGAGGCGGCGCGCUUCUGGCGCGAGGCGGCCGAGCGCUUGCGGGCGGCCGCCCGGCGCCCGACGCCGCCCGCCCCGCCUCUGGGGCCCGCAGUCCCGGCGGCUCUGCUCCCGGUACCGGAGUUGGCACCGGCGCAGCUCGAAGCGUUGGCCACGGAAUGGGGAAGAUCGCGCGGCGGCCACGUGUGCGUGUACUGCGGCAAGCUGUACUCGCGGCGCUACGGGCUAAAGAUUCACCUGCGCACGCACACGGGCUACCGGCCGUUGCGCUGCCGCCACUGUCUGCGAGCCUUCGGCGACCCCAGCAACCUCAACAAGCACGAGCGACUGCACGCCGCGCGCGGGGCCCCGGCCGCGGGGCGCGGAGGCCCGGGCGGGCGCUGCGGGGGCCCGGGCGCGGGGCCUCACAUGUGCCCGGUGUGCGGGCGGGCGCUGGCGCGGCGGCGGGACCUGGAGCGGCACGUGCGGACUCACGGGGGGAGCAAUGAGACACGGGUGUAGAGUAAGGAGUUUAUUGUCUUAGUCUACUGGCCGGCCACCUUGGCGGCGAUGCGCUUGUCGCGUUCCUCGGCGAUGGUGAGGCGGACGCCGCGGCCGCGUGGCAGCGAGAUGUACGCCUUCGUGCCCUUGCCGAUGAUGAACACG